AUGCCAGAGAGAAAAUCGAGUCCUUUUUUCUGCGUACGUCUCGACCACCAUCAUUCCGUUUUAAGCCAGGCAUUACGGAGAGGUGGAUCGAAAUUUCAAGAGAGGCAGGAUAAAAAUAAACAGAGGGGAAAACUUAAAGCCCAACCUAGAACAGCACUUUUACAGAGGCACAGUCUCCAUCUUGCACAGCAGCUCAGCAGGCACAAGAUUAUGCAUGUCGAGUCUACAGAGGCGCCUGCUUGCCUGUACAACAUUACCAUCGUAUUUUGUCCCGGCACAUCCGACACUGAGCAUCGUUUUGUUACCGAGGACAACCCCUGGAGGCCCGAUUUCGCUGCUGGGGUAGCGCAAAGAGUUCCAGAAGGAUUGGAGGAGAUGCUUGCACGUGAUCCAAUUAGCUCGAAGCAAUCCGGAGUUCGUCUCGGAUUUCCAAUGAGAGACAUCCGUUCCGUGAAGACUCAAGAGACAUCUUACGAAGCAUGA